UAUCGAUUCUCCAACAACUUACUCAUCAGUGUACUAAGUGUCGGUGAGCAAGGAAACAUCAUGGAUUCUAGCCUUGAAACUGAAAAUAUGACCGCAGAAACAACACAGAAUGGUGAAUCUCACUUGGAAACGGCGGCGGAAGUGGCGAACAAACCAACGGUCGAACUUGUUAGUGAAAAGGCGUCAAAAAUCACCGAGAAAACUGCUAAAAACCCCGAUACAAAGCCAGUGAAAAGCAACAAGAAGCUAAAGGAAGAGGAGAAAAAGCUCAAGUUACUAUACAAAUCAUUCGAAGAUUUGGAAAAUCCUGAAGCGAAAAUGGACGCCCUUGGCAGAAAACAUUUACAAUUGAUAUCAGAAAACAAAAUCACCGAAGUAAAGAAAGACGAAUUAGAGAAGAGAUUGGAAAAGGUCACAAGAGAAAGAGACCAGUUGCAGUCAGAGUUCAACAAAGCAAGUUUGGCCAAAAAUAAAUUGGAAAGUCUCUGCCGAGAAUUACAACGUCACAGCAAACUUGUGAAGGAAGAGAGUCAACUACGUUCCCAGGAGGAGGAGGCCAAACGAAAGGAACUUUCAGAAAAGUUUCAGACAACUAUCAAUGACAUCUCAGAGCAAAUGCAAGAAAACUUUAAAGCAAACCAACAGCUGAAGACUGAAAACAAUGAACUUGCUACACGACUAAAAGGCUUGGUUGAACAAUAUGAAGUCCGCGAAGAGCAUGUGGAAAAAGUAUUCAAGCACAAGCAGCUUGAGCUUCAGUUGGCAGAAGCAAAAAUGGCUCAGCAAAACCUGAAGUUUAAUGAGGAUAAGGAGAAGACCUUGACAGAAAACCAGUUGUUGACUAAGCAAGUGGUAGAGUAUAAGAAGCAGUGUGAAAUCUUGACAAAACAGGAAGCAGAGAUGAAAUCACAGCUGGCAACGUAUGCUGAGAGGUUUGAGGAAUUUCAGAAAACCCUCAACAAGAGCAAUGAAGUCUUUUCAACAUUCAAGAAAGAAAUGGAUAAGAUGACGAAGACAAUAAAAAAACUGGAAAAAGAAAAAGUAACGUGGAAAACGAAAUGCGAAAACAGCAACCGUUCAUUGGUGCAGAUGGUGGAUGAGCGUGAAAAACAGAAAAAAGAAAUAACUGCUUUGCGAUCGAAAAACGACAAGCUUGAAAACCUUUGCCGAGCGCUGCACAAGGGAGCCAAAGUCACAGCUGGCGACAUCAGCAAGCCUAAGGAAAUCAAUUCCGCCGUUUCUCAGCUAGAUGUCGACAAUUCCGAUGUUAGAAGGACAAAACAGGUAAAUGGUGAGGACAAAACGUGUGGAGAAAAGGUAAUAUCGAGUGAAGAAACAAUUGAGGCGCCGGAGGACCAAAGAGACAACCAAACGGAAGAACGAAACUCUGAUGAUUCACUUUAGGACAUGAACAGUGGCGACGAACCGGAUGCUGAAAAUACGAUUACAUCCGACGAUUCUCCGAUUGCUUCCGAGACGACUACGGGCACGUCCCACGAAAAAUCUACCAAUUCCGACGAAGUUCCGACUGGGAGUGAAAUUAAAACCGAUGUCUCCGAAGUAACUUCUGUUGUAAAUGAUGUUGAAAAUGAAAUUAACGAUGGCUCCAACGGAUAAUUUUUUUUUUAAUCAUUGAGAGUGGGGAGCCCAAAGCUUCCUGCUUGGCUUUGGAAAUUAAAACGAACUUAUCGCAAAUGAAUCUUUCAAUUUUGUUUUAAUUUUUUUGAACUAGUUUUAUACCUAAACCCCGAUGAAUCAGGAAACGGUUUGGAGUGAAACGAUGCAUGGAUUCGUAGCAGUGAUAGAAAAUGUUUGUCUUGUUGCACAAAAUAAAGGAAAUCAAUCGUCUGAAAGAUAGUUAGAAAAAACUCUUUUUCAUAAUAUUUAUAUGUAAGGAAGCAAAAUAAACGAAUUACUGGAAGAAAAGGAAGCUGGUGACUCU